CUCUCAGCAUAAAUACUAGGACACUGUCAUUUGGCUCCUUUUAUCCAUGCGAAAGCACAGUGCUGCACAGACACCUUAAGAAUCAAGAACAACCUGGACCAGGUCUCCGUUCUAAACUCUUCUGAUAUUCCCGUUUUACUUCAUUAGAUAUUUCCGUAUCAUUUUUUUGUUUUAUUCGUCCGUUAGAAGUGGAUUCUGGACAAAAUGCAGAAGGAAACCAAGACAAAAAUCUUGUUUUUUGUGCUGUUGGUGGGCUCAGUCUGCAUGCUAACAGCGGUGGUGACAGACCACUGGGCCGUGUUGAGUCCUCGAGUGGAGAACGUAAACACAACAUGUGAAGCAGCCCACUUUGGCCUUUGGAGACUUUGUAAGAAACACAUCUAUAUUGAGGAUGAGGAAUUAAUUGGUAAAGGGUGUGGACCUAUCAGUUUACCGGGGGAAAUGAACUGCUCUUAUUUCAGACACUUCACGCCAGGGGAAGAUUCUGAGAUCUUUGAAGUUAAAACUCAAAGAGAAUACAACAUCUCAGCAGCUGCCAUAGCCAUCUUCAGUCUUGUCUUCAUGAUCCUGGGCACACUGUGUGUGUUGGGUUCCCUCAGAAAGGGAAACGACUAUCUAUACAAGCCUGCCGGCAUGUUCUUUGCUUUUGCAGGUCUGUGUGCUAUCAUCUCAGUAGAGGUAAUGCGUCAGUCAGUCAAGAGGAUGAUAGAAAGUGAGGACACUAUCUGGAUCGAGUAUUACUAUUCCUGGUCUUUUGCGUGCGCAUGCACGGGCUUUGUCCUGCUCCUCCUCAGUGGAAUUGGUCUGCUGCUCGUCUCCAUGCCACAGAUGCCUAGAAAUCCCUGGGAGACCUGCAUGGAUGCCGAGCCUGAUCAGAUAUAGAGCAGGAAUUCCAGAUGUCUGCAGGUAAACCACUGUCUCAAAACAUAUCUAGACCUCUUACAAUGUCAGAGCUUGACAAGCAGAGGUCAUCAAAUUGGCUCAGUAACUUUUUUUCCCCCCCUUGCGAACUGGCACUGUGUGUUACGCACCCUUUUACAUCCAACCUCGCCAGCAAGAAGCCAAGCUUUUCCAUCUUUAUAUUAUUAAUUACAUAUAUGUAACAUUUACCAUCCUAAAUGCAUAAAAUCUCUGAGAGGAGUGCAGCUGGUGUUAUGUAGUUGGAACUUUUGUGUAAUAAUGCUGUACAUUAACAGACACACAAAGAACGUUUAAGACAAUGGGAUGGUUUAAAUGGAGAAGUGUUGCAGAAGAAUUGUGAUUGUUAGCGUGAAGGAUUGAAAAAUUAUUAACAUCUGACUAGCAUAUGUUCAGAUGCUGAUGUAAUUAGAACGUUCAUCUGCACUAAUUUGCAGGCAGUGGAUAGUGCAGUGAUGUAAAACCACAAGAUUUUCCUCUAUAAAGCAUAAAUCAUAUCCUGUAAAUGAUUUAUUUUCUUUUUUAAAAAAUGUGUGAAUGCUGCUUUGGCUUUGUGCUUAAUAAAUCUCCUUUUAUUGAUAGCCAUUUCAACAGUAAUCUUCUUCUGCCUGGACACAGUGAUGCUCUCAACUGCUCUGAGCAGAAUGCAAAUGUUUGGUCUGCUGUGGUUGCUGAAUGCUUGGCCAGACAUUUUGGAAUAAUUUCAGAUCUAGCAGGUGCGAAGAAAAUGGCAUCGAUUUCGCCCUUAUGCGAAACGUUAAAAGUAUUCUGAGACUCUCCGAGUCUAGUUUCCACAAAUGGGUUUCCAAGCUUGAAAUGGAUUGGUGUGCUCAAUAUUACAAUAGAGAACAAUGAGCUAAUUUAUGAUCCUCUCAGGAACUGUGGUCAUUUUUGGGUCUCAACAUCCAGUUUAUGUAUCCAGUGUGUAGAGCGGAAAAAAUCUUCACCAUAUUUCUGGGUGGUGAUUUAUCCUGUGUGUAUAAAAAAGAUCUAAACAUCAAAUGUAUUGCCUAUUUGAAUAAGCUAUACAUACUAUAGAAGCUUUUAAACUUAAAGCUUAUUGAGCUUUACAAGUCUUAUUAGACCCGGUUCCUCAAAAAUCUUUUUUUAAUAAAGUUGAUUUAGAACGUGGGGAUUGCUGUCAGAGCCAUAGCUUUGUGGGCGGUUCGAGAGCCUGCUUGUUUGUGGUCCUUUAGUAUUCUUCUAUUCUCUCAUCUCUCCUCUCAAUUCCUGUCAUUGGCAUUGCUAAAAAAACACAUGGAUGAGAAUAUCACCACAUGCUGAGGCACAUUCAUAAAAUUGUUUAAUUGAUUAUAGUAGAUGGUAGACAAACCUUGUAAUUAUAUCAAAGAUGUUUGGAUCACGUUAUGCUGUCCAGCAGAAUAAAUGUAUUUCUGGUAUUACAACCCUAUGUCAUGUAUUUCUAAUAAAAAAAGUAAGCUAACUCCCA